AUUCCCUAUUUCCAUUCUUGUCGGAGUAAAACUUUUGUUUCACACUUUUGAGUGUUUUAACUGUUGAUUCAAGGUAACAGUUACCUCUAUAGCCUGCAGAUUUUUAAUUUAAAGGAGUUCCGAACGCUAAACGCUUGUUAUCACGGAAAUGACGGUAGCAAAAAAGUUCAUUCCUCUCUUUGACCGCGUGCUGGUCUCCAAGAUCAAGCCAGAGCUCAAGACAAAGUCCGGGAUUCUACUCCCAGAUUCCACAAAUAUGUCCUCUCGCAUGGCCAAAGUUGUAGCGGUAGGAGCUGGUAGGAUUACGCCGAAUGGUGACAAGGUUCCACCUACACUCAAGGUUGGUGACACCGUCGUAAUUCCAGAUUACGGCGGCAUGGACCUAAAGUUUGACGGUGAGGUCUUCACAACUUAUCGCGAGGAGGAUAUAAUUGGCAUUUGCAACUAAGUAUGCGAAAAUUCAAGACUAUUGAUGC